AUGGGGUAUAAGAUGUCUCUUGAAAUCCAGCAGCUGUCGAGUCCUCACAGCCAAGUUUCUAAUGCUAACGGGAGCUCUCCCCAGCAUGCGAACUCACCCGAUAGUAAUAACUGCUCAGUGACUUCAAACGGCACCGACAUAAAAAGUGAGCCCCUUAGUGUACUUCCGAGUGGUUCUGAUAGUAGCUAUGCUCCCUCUAUAGAAUCACUGCCAGGGUCAAGUUCGGGUCAAAGUUCAUUGGACAUGAACCUUCGUCAGCCCAAGUCCGAGUUCCCUUCGCAGUAUUACAGUCAAGCAUAUCCACACAUCCUGCCUACGCCGACGGCUCAAGGAGCCAACUUUCAACCAGGAUCACAGACGCAAGGCACAUUCGGUUCCCAGAGUGCGUCAAGUUAUCCUUACUCUACACAGACGUCGCCCUCGCCCUAUGGGCUAGUAGGACAAGCUAUGUCCUAUGGAGCAAAGUCAUUAAAGUCAGACCCUGCUACGUUACAAGGUCAAGGGCCAUAUCUUAGUACGUAUGGUUCGUCAAGCUUCACUGGUAGUCCGCAAGCAACGCAGAGCCCGUAUUAUGGCAUGCAAGCAGGCACGUUUUCAACGGCAGGCUACACAUACCCAUCUACAAGCAAUACAACAACAAAUUCACAGGGUUUUAACAGUACACAUCAGGGUGUAGAAUACGGUUCUUAUACGGCCUACAGUCAAACAGGUUUCAACCAGUACUACGCUUCACAAAAUUACAGUCCAUACAGCAUGUCAAAUAGCUUCAGCGCUAGCACGCCGUUACCCAAUACGACAACGUAUCAGUUAGCACCGUUACCAAGUGAUAUUGAGAAUUCUUUCACCACCGAUGCCUCCAUCAAGCUCGAUGAUGCCAAUGGUAUUGGACGAGGGCGUCAGGGGCCCAAGAACGGUAGUAGAACCAAGUCGACGGGGAGGAGUAGAAGGAAUAACCCAUCGCCGCCUCCGGAGGAUGGUUUAGAGAGAGUAUUUGUGUGGGAUUUGGAUGAAACGAUAAUCAUCUUCCAUUCAUUGUUAACGGGGUCAUAUGCAACAAGAUUUGGAAAGGUAAGAUCGUAUUUUCAUUUUUCUCUGGUCUUCUCCCUUCCAAACCUCCAUUGCACAUUUCGAGGUUGUUACUUCAUCUUUAUUCACGGAUGAAACCUACCUGUGUCCAGAAAGUCCAAGUUAACUUAAACCGUGGUCAAAGUCUCGGCUAAUCCAAGACUAUGGAAAGCUAUAAGCAUCAAACAUUUCUUGACACCUCAUGUUCAUUUGAAUUCACUGGGAUAUUUUCCAUGUUUUAAGGGUGAAGAAAACUAUAAUUGCACCAUGUCAAGAUGGUUUGCAUUGCUUCGAGUGCCAAAUAUGACAAUAAAUUGAUUUGUAGUUAUGGAAAUCUGGGUCACAUUUGGCUCUCCAUAGUUAAACCAUAAUAUAUGCCAUGGCUGAGGUUAAACAAGAGUUCAGAAUACAGGCCAAUGAUGUUAAUUCUAUAUGAAUACAUGUACAAUACCAUAAAAUGGGCACAUAUUUUAUACUAAUUUGGGGAAGACUAUAUCAGAAUAAGAAUGUGUAAUGUUAUAUUCCUGAUAUGAAUUUAUGUUUCCAUGCAUCAUACAUCGCUACUCUGUCUGUGAUUUUAGAUUUUUUUUUUCAUUUUUAUUAGUUUCCUGUUUCUUUUGUGGAUUAUUGGAGCCCAAACUGUUUUUUUUCCUGGAUGUUCAGUCUUGUUUGUUAUUAAUAUUUUUGAUUUCGUUUUCGGUAUGAGAUUGUUGGAGGUGAGAACCAACGUUAAUAUUUACUUAGUCCACACUAGGCAACGGCUUUAUAUGUUUCCCCCUUUUCAUCCUCUGUGACUUGUUUAAUUCAAUAUUCCUUCUUCAAAUUCUCAUAUAUUGCUUUUUUCUGUUCUCUCUUUUUUUUUCGAUAAUCAUGAGAGAAAAAAAAACUUAUCUGUCAAUUUUGAGGGGUAUAGAUGAGAGAGGAGAAAGACAUCUGUGUGCGCUAUGUGCUGCAAUCUAAAACUCAUGGCCUCGGGCAACCAAUACACGCUCCUCUGUCAUUCACCCCUCUUUCUCAUUUACUCCUCUCAUUAUUGGGUGGAACAGUGAGAGAGAGAACGAGAAAUAUGAAGGAAGAGACGGAGGGGGAGAGAGAGGAAGAACAAGAUGGAGAUUGAGAGAAGAGGAAAAGGGAGAAGGGUUGAGAGAGCGAGUACAUGUAAGCAAAAGCAAAAUUUUAAAAAUAAAAGAAUGGAAGAAAUGAGUUGAAAAGACAGAAAGAGGCAUGGAGAAGAAGAAGAUGGGGAGAUUGGAAGAGAGAGAGAAGAAGAAAAGAAGGGAAUGAACGAGAGAGGGAGAAAGAAAGGGAAAGAAGGACAGAAAAAAAAGAGGCAUUAGAAGGGCAAGGUAUGAAUAUGAUUUAGAUAUGGUUGAAGAGAGAGAAAGAGAGAUAGAAAUAGGAGGGGGGAUGGAGUGAUACAAUAUGGAACUAGAGGAUAAAAGCAAAGCAAUAUUAAAAUUCAGUAGGAUUAUUCACAAUUAAAGAAAUACAAAAGAAGGAAUAAAAGAUCCUGAAAUGUCACAAAAUUGACAGGUAGUGGUAAAACAAGACCAAAGUGGUUCCCACUCACACAACCUUGAAAGGUAGCCAUUUUAAGCAAUAUUAAGAGCAACUUUUGCCAGUUUUCUGGCAUUUUUAAAGAAAUGCGAAACACCCUGAUGCAAUCUUUAAGAUGUAUCCUUUCGUUGGCAGGGCACUAAGGAGGAAAGUAAAUGAUAUUUGAGAUGCCAUAACUAUGUAAUCUAGCCGCCUCCCAAUCAAAGGUGAAAGAUGAAAUCCGAGUGCGCAGUAUUGCAUAACUAAGAUCGGAAAAAUAGAUAAUCGUGGUGCAGGUUUUUAAUUUUUUUCUUGUCCUGUUUGUGGUAGGCUGAGUAUGACUUUCGUGGGCUAGUCGACUAUAUAUCAUGCGUAGAACCCUCAAGUGUUUGAGUAGUUAUGAUGUGAUUUCCAAGGUAAUAUGAUGAAGAGAAUUACUUUGUGACAUCAUUAUAUCAGUAAGUAAGUAAAAAGAUGAGUUCUGAACUAAAAGCCGUUGACCUUCGAACUGAGUUUGUAUUUUAUAAAUGUUUGAAUGAUUUUAGGUGUUGCUUCUGCUCUCAUUUUGUUGAAUGUCUUUUCAGCCUUUUACCUCAAUGGGAUGUUAUAUCAAUUCAUACUUUCAGAAAACGUGUCGGGAUUUCAUUCUGGCAUGUUGAUGAUUUUCACUUUCUGUCAUUGUUCGAUACAUGUACCACCUUUUCACAAUUUAAUGAGUUGAUUUGAACUAAAACAAUUUGAACAAAAUAAGAGAGAUUAUUAAAAAUGGCAGAAUUUUGGGUGUCUUUAAAGCAAGAGCAUAUCAAAUAGAAUUUUCAAUUUCUCUUAUAACAGUGUAUGUUAAUUCAGACAGGAGUUGAAUCAUUUCAUGUAAGUGGAGUAAACCAUGUCGCCUGUUAAUGCGCUACUGGGCAGGAGUGUGUGUGGGUGUGUGGUAGGAUGUAAAGUGGGUGAGUGUGUGUCCCCUUAGGAGUGUCUUAAUAUGAAGGAUGCAGCCCAUGUAUUGAACAGAAUAAUAAUAUGAGGGUUGUAAUCACAAAAUGAUCUUGCUAGAUAACAACCUACUGCAUUUUGAAUCAAAAUAGCUCUGGGCCUUUCUAAUCAUCUGUCCCCGUCAAAACUUUCCUUGUCUUCUUCGCUUUUAUUAAUCUCUUGCCUUUCUCUCUUCAAAAUCACUAUUAUUUCUUCAGUCAAUCGAGCAUGGUCCAUGCCCUCGAAGACCUUCAUCACAUCUUCUUCACAAGGGCUUCUUACUCUCUCCAUAUUUUAGUAAUUUUGAUUCUUCUUUUGAAAGAUAUUUUUAAUCCGAAUAGUUUUAAAUUUAAGUCGGGAUGCAUGUUUUGUUACCUGACCUGGUUUAGUUCUUGAUAAAGCUUUUGGUGAUGAAAUUAUUUGAGUGCAAGCCUCUGAGAAUG